UGACAGACUGUAUCUCCCUCUGCCACGGGGCCUGGGGCGCUGCGAUUUCACACUCCGGCGGCCCCAUCACUGCUAUGCCAUGCAAGAGCUGGGCUCUCACUCCCACUCUGCCAUGUCCUCAUCAGGAAAAGCUGCCAUUGCCCCCUCCUGCCUCUCCUUCGAGUGCUUCGACACCCUGACCAAGUCGUGCAUCAAGUGCUCCGACCUGUUCAAGGACAACACAACAGAGCCUACCCUGGCACCCACCCUGACCAGCACCUUCCUGACCUUCGGAGUCCCGGUGGUGGUGGGGUUCAUCCUGGUUCUGGCUGCCCUCUGUGGCUUCCUGGCCUGCAAGAUGGGAAAGCGGAGGAGAACAAGGAAGACAGCAGAUGAAGAGGACAAAGAAAACACAGACAUCGCCAGCCCCCUGCCCAGCCAGGACCCUGCCAUGCCAGAGGGAGAUGGUGCCCUGAGCCCAACUCCGUGCCUGUAUCUUGAUGAGAGCCUGAAGAUGCCAGGACCACCCAGGAAAGCCAAGGCAAAACAGAGGCCAUGCUGCCAGGGCAGUGCUGACGGUGACAUUGUUCUGCUCUCCGCCGUGUACCCCCGGCCUGAGGAAUGCAACCACAGCUUCCCACUGCCCGCCACUGAGCUGGGGGCCACAGCGCUGGUCACCACCAAAACCACCCAGAACUGUGCCAGAGAGGAGAGAGUCUGAGGGCAAGGGGAAUGGGGCUGGAGUGCUCUGGCAAACCCCUGUGGACACUGACAGCCUGUUCCUGGGACAAGCAAAGCCUCCCGUGGGUAUGAGCUCUGUGAGAACCAGGCUUUGCCUUUAGCAAAAUCAGCCUUUUAAGAUGACUGUCCUUUUUGUGCUGAGUCCCAAGUUACACCUGUAAAUGCUGGAGGAAGCCAAAGUGGAUCAUGCUGAGUUACAAUGGACUGUUGACAGCUGCCAUGGCUGAACCAUUGGGAGGAGGCAGAGGAGACACAACUGGUGAGAGUGGAGCGUGGCAGGGACUGCUGUGCCAUUUGCAAGGCAGCUGUUGUGCCUGGACAGGUCUCGUGCUGGAUGGGCAAUUGCUCUGGAACACCAGAAACUGUAGGGGGAAAGGAAGCAGGGAGUUACUUUAGGACCAAAUCCCACACAGCACCAGCUUGAUUUUUGCUACUGACCUCAAUAAAAGGAGACUUGAGGCCAUAUGAAGCAAGGCACAUCCAACAUCUACCCCAUUUACAGUCCUGCCUCCCUGUCUUCUGCACUCUGUGACACCCAGGUCUUUCCACCCUCUGGGCUCUCUUCACACAAUGGCAAGCAUCCACUGCCACUCAUGGGAACCCACUCCACAGCCAGGUGCCCUGGGGAUGGGAAAAACAUUUAUCUUCCCAAGCAGUGAAGAGGGGAAAAAAAA